UAUCCAAAAAUGAUCGAAAUCACUUGUAAUGACAGACUGGGAAAAAAAGUUAGAGUAAAGUGCAAUGAAGAUGAUACGAUUGGGGACUUGAAAAAACUAGUAGCCGCCCAAACUGGUACUAGGCCAGAAAAGAUUGUGUUAAAAAAAUGGUACAAAAUAUUUAAAGAUCACAUAACCUUGGACGAUUACGAAAUCCAUGAUGGAAUGAACCUGGAACUUUAUUACCAAUGAGAAGACUAAAUGGAAUGUUAGCUACUUCUCUUUAAAAUUUAUGCGAAAGAA